UGUGGCUCUAAUUUUCAGCAUCUGCAGAAUCUCGUGUUUUCUGUUUGAAUUUGUAAGUGGGUUCAACUUUGACAUCUGACACACUGAAUGCCUGUUGAUAUUGAGUUAAAGUCCCCUCAGAGUGUUCCUAACUGGUUUUUGAACCUUAUGGCAUAGGGUAACCAGAGGUUGCAGACAUGUACACAGUCACCUCAGUUACCCAGACUCCUCAGCGCUUCAAAUGCGCAGGCGUGAGGGUCGCAGAUCUUUCUCGAAAUCGCACAUGCGCUGAUUGAACAAGACCCUCAGGAGGACCGAGAGCAGGUUAGAAAUGGCAGAAAAUUUGAGUAUGGGAACCUCAAACACAACACCACAUCUGUUUUGCUGUUUCUGUCCAGAUAUUUAACGAGUGACCAGAUAUCUUCUUGGCAACACCAAGAUGAAUAUGUGUCUCAACCCAGCUGGAAACGUACUUUGUGUCUGAAGUGACCUUUUCUGUUGUAACUCAGUGUAACCCACUGGAACAGGGGUGCUCCAGCAUUUAUUCACUGGAGGUCAGUUUUCAACUGCAUUGAUUAUGCAAGGGAUUCAAAACGCCUGAUAUCUGACUUUCUGAAUUGCUAGAAAAUUGAUCACAGUGAGAUAUCAUUCUCCUUCUCUCACUGUAUGAAGGGAUUUACUCACAGCUUACCUGCAGUCACAUCAGUGAGUUCACAGUGGGAAAAAUACCACUCACCUGCUCUGUGUGUGGGAGGGGAUCUCAGUCAUCCAGCCUGAAGAUACAUUAGCAAUUCACACCGUAAUGAAAUGCUCCACGUGUUUUGACCAUGGGAAGCAAUUCACUUUGCAAAUGAUGCUGAAGAUAUAUCAGAAAAUUUACCAGUGAGAGAACACUGACCUGCUCAGACCAUGGGAAGAGAUUCAAUCACUCAUCCCAUCUUGGACACACCACUGAGUUCACCAGGGAGAGAGAUCGCUCAACUGUUCUGUAUGGUCGGAAGAGCUUCACUCGGUCCUUUGAAUAGCUGACACAUGAGUGAGUUCAUACUCAUUAGAAGCUUUACAUCUACUCUGAAUGUGGGAAAUCUUUCACUCAGUCAUCUCACUAUUGACCCAGCAAGCAGUCCACACUGACGAAAGGCCAUUCACCUGCUCAGACUGUGGGAAGGGAUACACUCAGUCAUUUCAGCUGUUGGUACACCAGUGGGUUCAUAGGUGAGAGAGGACAUUUGUCUUUUUCUGUGUGUGGAACGGGAUUCAUUUCAUCGUCUUUACUACUGGCACACCAGUCAGUUUACACUAGGAGGAUGCCGCUGACCUGCUCAGACUGUGGAAAGGUAUUCACACACUCAUCCACGCUACAAAGACACCAGCGAGUUCACACUGGAGAGAAACCAUUCACCUGCUCCAAAUGUGGGAAGGGAUUCACUCAGAAAUCCAACCUUGUGUCACAUUACCGAAUUCACACUGGGGAGAGACCGUUCACCUGCUCUGAAUGUGGGAUAAGUUUCUCUCAGUCAUGGCAGCUGAAGGAACAUCAGCGAGUUCACACUGGAGAGAAACUUUUCACCUGUUCAGAUUGUGGGAGGGCAUUCACUCGGCCAUCAGAGUUGAAAGUACAUCAGCGAGUUCACACUGGGGAGAGGCCGUUCAAAUGCUUAGACUGUGGGAAGGCGUUCACACACUCAUCCACACUACAGAGACACCAGCAAGUGCACACUGGGGAGAAAUCAUUCAGCUGCUCUGACUGUGGGAAGGCAUUCACUGACUCAUCCAUGCUACAGAGGCACCAGCGACUUCACACUGGAGAGAGGCCAUUCACCUGCUCAGACUGUGGGAAGGCAUUCACUCAGAAAUCCCACCUACAGACACACCGGCGAGUUCACACUGGGGAGAAACCAUUCACCUGCUCUGAAUGUGGGAAGGGAUUCACUCAGUCAUCUACCCUUGUGUCACAUUACCGAGUUCACACUGGGGAGAGGCCGUUCACCUGCUCUGAAUGUGGGAUUGGAUUCUCUCAGUCAUGGCAACUGAAGGAACAUCAACGAGUUCACACUGGAGAGAAACCAUUCACCUGCUCAGAUUGUGGGAAGGAAUUCACUCGAUCAUCAGAACUGAAAGUUCAUCAGCGACUUCACACUGGGGAGAAACCAUUCAUCUGCUCAGACUGUGGGAAGGCAUUCACAGACUCGUACACACUACAGAGACACCAGCGAGUUCACACUGGAGAGAAACCAUUCACCUGCUAUGAAUGUGGGAAGGGAUUCACUCAGUCAUCUACACUUGUGUCACAUUACCGAGUUCACACUGGGGAGAGGCCGUUCAUUUGUUCUGAAUGUGGGAAGGCAUUCACUCAGUCAUGUCACCUGAAUGAACAUCAGCGAGUUCACACUGGAGAGAAACCGUUCAGCUGCUCAGAUUGUGGGAAGGAAUUCACUCGAUCAUCAGACUUGAAAGUACAUCAGCGAGUUCACACUGGGGAGAAGUCAUUCACCUGCUCAGACUGUGGGAAGACCUUCACUCAUUCGUCGAAUCUGCAGAAACACCAGUUGGUUCACACUGGGGAGAGGCCAUUCCCCUGCUCUGAAUGUGGAAAGGGAUUCACUCGGUCAUCUCACCUACUGAUACAUCAGUUAGUUCACACUGGGGAGAGGCCGUUCACCUGCUCAGACUGUGGAAAGGCAUUCGCACACUCAUCCACACUACAGAGACAUCAGCGAGUUCACACUGGGGAGAAACCAUUUUCCUGCUCACACUGUGGGAAGACAUUCGCGCAUUCAUUCACGCUACAGAGACACCAGAGAGUUCACAGUGGGGAGAGGCCAUUCACCUGCUCAGACUGUGGGAAACAAUACAUUUGCUCAUCUCAACUGAAGGAACAUCAGCGAGUUCACACUGGGGAGAGGCCGUUCACCUGUUCUGUGUGAAAAGGGGUUCACUCAGUUAAUGCAACCGAGAGGCAUACCAGUCAGUUCAAAUUGGGGAGAAGCCAUUCACUUGUUCUGUGUGGGAAGGGAUUCACUCAGUUCUGCAUCCUACAGGCAAACCAGUCAGUUCACACUGGGGAGAAGCCAUUCACUUGCUCUGAAUUUGAGAAGGGAUUCACUCAGUUAUCCCACCUGCAGACACACCAGUGUGUACACACUGAGAGGAGGCCAUUCACCUGUUCUAUAUGGGGAUUCAUCAGUGAUUCAAGUUAUAGGCACACCAAUCAGUUCACACUGGGGAGAGGCCGAUCACCUCCUCAGACAGUGGGAAGGGAUUAAUUCAAGUCAUCUCAUCUGAAGGAACAUAAGCGAGUUCACAAUGAGGAGAUGCAGUUCAACAGCUCUGAAUGCAGGAAGGGAUACACUCUCUCAGUCCACUUGAAGACACAACAGUGAAUUUACACUGAGAUAGUUUCUGAACGUGGGAAGGGAUUCACUUGCUCAUCCACAAUUGUGGCGCUUUACUGAGUUCACACUGGGGAAAAUAUUUACGUAAGCUACGUGAUGGAUAUUUAAUCAUCACAGUUGGAGACUCCAGAGGCAAGUUCAAAAGUGAUUUAUUAUUGACCUCUGCAAUUAUUGCUGCUGCUCAUCAUACCCAGUGCUGCACCCUGGUCACUGGGCAGGAGAGUAGUUUCUUCUAGUGACACUCACCUUUUAUGGGACUGGAGUUUAGUAUUCUGGAUCAGUGAGAAAUAAAUCAGUUCUAUUUUAAACACUGUCUCAGGUACCUAAUGAAUUUUCAACACAUCCAGUGCACAGUAGGGAGUCAACUCAGCCCUCUCCCUGUGGUGAUCAGUGGGUGAAGAGAUUUACAUUUCCUGCUGAGUGUAGUUAUGUCUGACCUAGGUUUUGUCCCUCAAAUCUCUAAGCCAAGGGUAAAUGACAUUGGAAGUUAACCUCCUUAUUCCCUGUUCAUGUCAAAGUUAUGGGUCAUUUUCACAGCUUCUGAAGGGUUGCGUGUCACAAGCCGGGUUGUUAAAAUACAUCACUGUCCUACAAAGUCUGAAAGCUGAAUUUGGACAACAAGUUGGAUAUUUAAUGGAGCAGGUCAGAAACCAGAGAUGGUCAGCACAGGGUAGAUGUUGGGGCUGUGGGCAGUGGUAGGGGUAAGAGCAUAUCAGGAGCAGGGAAAUGGAGGGCGGGUAGCAACAAAUGACAAAUAGCAACAUUUGGCAGUUGAUUGAAUAAAAAGGUUGACUUUGUCUGUUGAAACACUGCCUGUUGAUAAUGAGUUUAUUACUUGAGGGCACUUGCUGAAUUCUCAUUAAAAUGUUGACAGUAUUGUUGCCAAUUGGCAGAAGGGAGGCAAUGCUUGUGAACACUUUCACUGGCAUUGUUCUUACCCAGAAAUCUCUGAGCAUCACAGUGUACUUUUAGUGUGAAUCGAGUGUACAGGUGUUGAGAGUCUGUUGGAUCUGACUGUUUAAUUUUAAUUCUCAUUUUCUUUACAGUUUAACUAUUAAUUAUCUGCUUAUAUUUUAAGUAGUGUUUAGAAACAUAGAAAACCUACAGCACAAUACAGGCCCUUCGGCCCACAAAGCUAUGCCGAACAUGUCCCUACCUUAGAUAUUACCAGGAGUUACCCAUAGCCCUCUAUUUUUUCUAAUCUCCAUGUACCUGUCCAGGAGUCUCUCAAAAAAACUCUUAUCGUAUCCACCACCGUCGCUGGCUGCCCAUUACCUGCACUCACCACUCUGCAUAAAAAAACUUACCCCUGACAUCUCCUCUGAACCUACUUCCAGGCACCUUAAAAUUGGGCCCUCUUGUGGUAGCCAUUUCAGCCCCAGGAAAAAGCCUCUGACUAUCCACAUGAUCAAUGCCUCUCAUCACCUUAUACACUUCUUUCAAGUCACAUCUCAUCCUCCGUCACUCCAAGGAGAAAAGGCCAAGUUCACUCAACCUAUUUUAAAAAGGCAUGUUCCCCAAUCCAGGCAACAUCCUUGUAAAUCUCCUCUGCACCCUUUCUAUGGUUUCCACAUCCUUCCUGUGGUGAGGCGACCAGAAUUGAGCACAGGACUCCAAGUGGGGUCUGUCCAGGGUCUUAUAUAGCUACAGCAUUACCCGUCGGCUCCUAAACUCAAUCUCACGAUUGUUGAAGGCCAAUGCACCAUAUGCCUUUUUAACCACAGAGUCAACCUGCUUAGCAGCUUUGAGUGUCCUAUGGACUUGGACCCCAAGAUUCCUCUGAUCCAACACACUGCCAAGAUUUUUACCAUUAAUACUAUAUUCUGCCAUGAUAGUUGACCUACCGAAAUGAACCAUUUCACACUCAUCUGGGUUGAACUCCAUCUGCCAACUCUCAGCCCAGUUUUGCAUCCUGUCCAUGUCCCAGUGCAACCUUUGACAGCACUCCACACUAUCCACAACAUCUGCAACCUUUGUGUCAUCAGCAAAUUUGCUAACCAAUCACUCCACUUCCUCAAGGAAAUCUGCAGAUGCUGGAAAUUCAAGCAACACACAGAAAAUGCUGGUGGAACACAGCAGGUCAGGCAGCAUCUAUAGGGAGAAGCACUGUUGAUGUUUCGAGCCA